UCCAGUUCCGCAGGAGGCAAGGACGCCGAGCUUUGUAUUUGGUUCCGGCUGCGGCGCUGGGGUCCCGGUUGCUGGCUCCGGGCAGCGGCCGGCGGGAGGGGUGAUGCGGAUUGGGCCCGGCGCUCGGUCAGAGGCGGGCGAUAGGCUGGUGCGAGAGUUUCUACACGGCGGAGGGACUGUGAGAAGCAGAAUAAUGAAGAACUGGGGUGUCAUUGGCGGAAUAGCAGCAGCCCUGGCAGCGAGCAUCUACGUGUUGUGGGGGCCGAUUACAGAGAGGAAGAAACGCAGGAAAGGACUCGUUCCUGGCCUCUUGAACCUCGGAAACACCUGCUUUAUGAACUCCCUGCUACAGGGCCUGGCUGCUUGUCCAUCAUUCAUUCGCUGGCUGGGUGACUUUACGGUGCAUUACAGUUUGGACACGUCGCAGGAGGAGCAGUGUCCGUAUCUCUCUGUCACACUUCUCCGCUUACUCCGAGUGCUCUCCAACACUGAAGAUUCGUCAGAGGACGUGGUGGAUGCAGGAAAUCUCCUGGAAGUCUUACGGAUGUACAAGUGGCAGAUGUCUUUGUUUGAAGAGCAGGAUGCUCACGAACUGUUCCACAUCCUCACCUCUGCUCUGGAGGAUGAGCAUGAUCGCCAUUCUCCAGUUGCACAUUUAUUCGACAUUCAGUCUCUGCAGAGUCCACCAGAAUUCGAGGAAAGCCAGAUGAGCUGCAGGAGCCGAAGGCCUUUGCUGCCACCACCACGUCCUUGGAAGUUUCAGCACCCUUUCCACGGCCGACUAACCAGUAACAUGGUGUGUAAACAAUGUGAGCAACAGAGUCCUGUCAGGUACGACACGUUUGACAGUCUCUCCCUCAGCAUUCCAACAGUGACGUGGGGUAGACCAGUGUCUCUGGAUCUCUGCCUGCAACAUUUCAUCUCCUCAGAAACCAUUAAGGAUGUGGUGUGUGAGAACUGCACCAAGGCAGGGGAGAACCAAAGUGGACAGACUACAGAAAACCAGAGGACAACCUUCAUUAAACAGCUGAAGAUUGGAAAGCUGCCUCAGUGCCUGUGUAUCCACCUGCAAAGGUUGUCGUGGUCCAACCAAGGAACCCCUCUGAAGCGCGACGAGCAUGUUCAGUUUGGCGAGUUCCUCUCGCUCGAUGCCUACAAGUACCGCAGCCCGUCUCAGAGACGAGAGCACUGCAGACUGAGCAGACCCGCCAGCACUGGAAGCCUACCUCACAUGCUGGAAGCCACUGUGCUGGUUAAGUCAGGAUCCACACAACCUAUCCUUGGUAAAACACAAGUUGCAAAUGGAGCAUGUUCAUCUUUGCUAUCACCUUUUGCAACUAUGCCACCUUUGGGGACUAGAAGUUAUCCGUCUUCAGUGUACUUGUUCCGACUGAUGUCUGUGGUGGUCCACCAUGGCAACAUACACUCAGGACAUUUUGUCACCUAUCGCCGCUCACCAUCCACCUCAAGGAACCCGUUGGUGGUGAGCAGCCAGUGGAUGUGGAUAUCAGAUGACACGGUGCGCAGAGCAAGCCUACAGGAAGUCCAAGCCUCCAAUGCCUACCUACUCUUUUACGAGCGAGUCCGGCCCCUGGUGAGGCACACGAGCCGCGAGUUUGUGCCGGAGGAGUGAGUGUGGCUGGGGUACUAGGCCAGUGCUGUAAAGGGACAAAUAAUCUUUACCACUGGAGAGAAGACUGAAAAUCUGAAAAGAGCCGGAGACUGGUUAAUGCUGAUCUUAUACUUGCCUCGAAAUCUGUGCAGUGAACCAAAAGAACAGGAGGAUAAAUCAAAAUAUUAAUUUAUUACCUAAAGUUAAUGGCCCCAUAAGGGGAGUAAUUUGUAUCCUGUAUAUGCAGACUUUGUGGAACUAGUUGAGAACUUUUUACAUGAAGUGGUUGAAUGUUAUGGGAAGGUCCUGUUGCAUUCUUGAGUCAGAAUCAUAAAGGGACAAAUGCAUUCAGGCACGUACAAAUGGACCACAGAUCAGAUUGGUCACAUUGGAGGAACAGCUGUACUUAAUACUCUGUGGCAUCUUGCUACAUUCCUAGCUGAGCUCUGAAGGUUCAACUUAAUGUUGCACCCAUACAUAGGGCCAGAAAGAUCCCAGAAACUUUUUCACUUCAGAUAUAUGUGCCAUUAUUCAAUAACAGCAGGGAGGGGUUCUGGAAUUGGUCCUGACUCGUGAUGGGAAAGCCCCAUUCUUGCUGCUGGAUUGAAUUUUGUGUGAGGAGAACACCAGGCUGUGGUGUCCAGGUCAGAUCAUCUGCCUGCGCUGCCAACCUCAUUGUCUCAUGUGAGGGUUACCAUGUCCCAGUUGGAGUUGAUGCCUUCAGGAGAGGAAGGGUUAAUAAAUAACAGCAUCUGUAUGAUUUGUCAGAUAAUGAAUUGCCUAUGUUUUAAUUUCACUACAAUGGAAAUAAUUUUAGCUGAGCUGGUGCAAAGCCUGAACAGACCAGUAGAGGCAAUUGUGGAGUAUAGGUAUGUCAAUGAAUUCUCCCUCAAUGUAUUAUUGGGAAUUCUCACUGGUAGAGAGUUGGUGUUCAGAGGACUCCAGGCAGAGUUUGUAUAGAUACAUCUGUCUAUAUGAAAUAACAAAGGUUUGACCCCUUUAAUGAAGUGUUUGUCUCCUGCCUCCCAAUCGGACAUAACAAAAGAAACUUGUGCUAGUUUUAUUCAGGCUUUGGGUGUGUUGGCUAGAGAAUAAGGCAUCAUAGACUCUGAGAGAAUUGUUCAGGUUUACAAGCCAGAAUGCCCAGGUUUUAUGCUUUGUAAUGCUGGGUAUCUGUUUGUCUGCCCGUCUGGUUAGAGAAGGUUGGAGGGGUGGGAAUGAGCAAGUAACUCGCCUUUAUCCUUUCAGUUCUCUUUCCUUCUGCUGCCAUGGGCAAUGGGUCAAUGAUAGCCCCAUUUGAGAGUUUUGAAUUUAACCAAAGUUUCCCCAGAUUCAAAGAGCUGAUAGUUGUCCUUUGUGAUGACCUUCCUUUUAUUCGUUACCCCAGGAGUACUGCACCACUUUAAGUUUUACAGAAUGUAACUGUUCUGUGCCCUCAGUCAUCUGUUGGUUUGGUCAGUGUGUGCAGCGGGCAGGUAUCAAUUCUGCCUUUCAUGGACAAGUGUCGAAGCUGCUGCACUUCAGUAAGAACUGGCUCUUCCAGCAUAGUGAAAAGGAUUGGAGAAGUGAGGAGUGAUAACCUUUUCACUUAGUGGUCAGGCCACACUUGCUGUCACCCUUGAAGAUGUGAGAAGCUAGGUGCAGCAUCGUGUUUCAUAAAAAUUUUGUGUUGUAAGGUGGAAUAUUGGCCUUUCUGAAGAGCUCGCAUCUGGGCCGCCAUAGUAUUGCACUGCCUCCUAGACCAGAACAAGAUUACGAGCAGUGUUCCUCACUAACCAUCAUCUGAAAUGUUUACACUUCCGACCACUAUCGUUGGUGGACAGAAGAUACAGUCCCACCAGUUUACUUGGCCUAUCCUGUUUGAGACUGAAUUGUACAAAUCAGGCUGGCCCAAGAUUUGACAAGAGUGAGCUUAUCUCCUGAACGUGCACCAGUGUUCACGUCAGUGAGCCACUCUCCUGAAUGUGCACUGUUCACAUCAGUACGUGAUCUCAUGAACGUGGGUCUUCAUAUCAGUGAGCUGAUCUCCUGAACGUGCACUAGUGUGCACAUCCAUGGAGAAUAGCAUCACACAUGACAGUGGUUUCCAAUGUUAUCCAGGUACUCAUAGUCUGGCUCUCAAAUGAAGGAUCACUGACCAUUUCCCCACCGCAUAGUUCCAGGUGGUUUAGUUAUCACUUUCUUCCAAUUCUAGAAUCCUGACGUCCUACCUAAUUGUGUUAAUGGAUGAAUCCCUAUCCUUGAAAUGCAUGCUUUCAAAUCAAUAGAACAGAAAGUAUUUGGGGAAGAGGAUAAUGUUGGAUAGGGUGUGUUCAUUGGGCCAAAUGGCCUCAUUCUUCUGCAUCUUGUGGUCAAUUAAAAAGGUCAACACGAACAGUAAUGAUACCUGAUCCUUGUACUGUUCAGUCUGAUACAAGGAUGAUGGGUGGGUGGGUUGGAUUGCCAGAUGCAAUCCUUUAAUCCAGGGGCUCCCAACCUUUUAAAGUCAUGGAUCCCAGGUUGGGAACUCCUCCUUUAAUCUGUCUUCAAAAGAUUCUCAUAUUAUCACCACUUCCUCUCUCAGAAAAUCCCUCGUCCUUCACAAAGAAUUCCAAGAUGUGUUCUUUCUUGAAGGUCAUUCACCCUCUUGACUACCUUGUCCAUUUGUCAACUGUAUAGGAGUGCAGUCCCAGAGAUCAUUGGAUUUGAUGUUUAAUUGUAUUUUAGGCCAACCACAGAGGGCAGGGAUCUGAAGUUUAGAUAACCCUGGUUUGUUUUCACAGUGGCUAAUGCACUGAGACAACUGUUUAACAGCAUGUUGACUGUGAUUGGUUCUGUUUGCAAUGGGAUUACUGAUACUACAGUUCUAUCUUGGACAGUUUUACCAGAUUAUUUUCUGAUUGAAAUUUUAAUUGUUCCCUGUUAGUCCUCACUAAAUUUGGAGUUCGGAUAUUUUACACUUUGAUUUUCAAGUAUUUUAAUAACUGCCCCUAGUGCUGGUAAGUUAGUGAUGGUUGUAUAAUAUGGUAAUAUCAUACCAUGUAAACAUUCAAGAGGCUGUUUAUUAAUUUAGGGUGUGGCCUUGCAUGUGUUAUUGAAUUGCCAGACAGAAAGGAAUAUAGUGCAGAUGCUGAAUAGCUGAAAUAAAGCAGAGUGUUUGAAACACUCAACAGGCCAGGCAGCAUUUGUGAAAUGGGAAACACAGAUAACAUUUCAGGUCAGUGAUCCUUCAUCACUUGGGGUUUCAGGUAUCUAAGGAAUGCUAAAGUUUCUAAAAUCUAGUUUCCCUUGCUCCAACAUUUUAUAAGUGAGGGCUCCACAUUUCAACUGAAAUUAAAUUCCUGUUUUCAUCUGAAUCACUUGGAUCCAAGACCAUGUCUUAGUGUUGCUGCCUAACAGAGUUUCUGUUUAACCAUAACAGUUAGAUUAUAGGUGAUAUGCUGUAUCUAGAUCUGCAUUGACUCGAGAGCGGGUUCUCCUCAAAGUGCCUGUAGCUUUGUAUUGUGACAAAGUCUGCCCUAUUUUAUAUUGCAUGUGUACUGGAUUACAGAGGUAGGAAGGAGAAGUGUGCAAGAGAGAGAGAGACAGACUGGAUGACUGAGCAAAGCCGGAUCUGUUGUAGCUUGGCUCUUUGUUUAAAAAGGUCAUAUUCUGGAAUCUUUUGAUAGAACUCGUGCUGUUUUUUAAGAGGUAAAUCAAGAUGACUGUGAAGGGACAGGAAAAGGCUGACCUAUUCUGUACCCACUACACUUUGCAUCGUCCCGCCCUUGCUGAUGGUGUACCCAUUCAUCUCCAUGAUGAUGUAACCAUAGGGUUUGUGAGUCUGUGUAUGACAUGUAAAAGUGAACACAUUUAUGUAGCUGAUUUUUAUGUGAAGUUCUGAUUGUAUGAAUGAGAAACUUCAAGAAAGCACCUUUUGCACUAACCCAAUAAUUGUAUGUGUGUAUAUAUAUGAAAUGGAUCAAGGAGAAAGUAUUUUCCAGUUGUUUUAAUUAAUUUGUCAAACAGGAAAGUAAUAAACUCUUCAUUAAGCUGACAAUCAUUCUCUAUUUCUCAUUAUUUUUUAUUUAGUGAUACCACACAGAAUAAGUCGCCCUGGCCUAACGUGCCCGCGCUGCACAAUUACAUUCAUGUGACCAAUUAACCUUGUAACCCAUACAUAGAAUGUGAUAUGGGAGGAAACCGGAGCACCCAGAGGAGGGUCACAGACAGCGUCAGGAGUUGAACCCAAUCUCUUGAGUCUGUAAUAGCGUUACACAAACCGUUGUGCUACUAUUCCAUCCAGAUUUUAAGGUGGAUUUGCUUUUUAUUUCAAUUUUGAACCAAGUUUGCCCUUUUUCUUCAGAGUCCCAAAUCAAGACUGGCAGGAAGCCAGCUUGUCAGAAGUUCCCUGGCCCCCAUCAUCUUACUUUUACUAUGGAUGUCCAAUCCUUACAGACCUCUAUCCUCCACCAGGAAGGCCUCAAAGCCCUUAAUUUCUUUCUGGACACCAGGCCCAACCAGUUCCCCUCUACCACCACUCUCCUCCACUUAGCAGAACUUGUUCUUACUCUAAAUAAUUUCUCAUUUGGGUCCUCACACUUCCUUCAAACAAAACGAGUAGCCAUGGGUCCCAGCUAUGCCUGCCUGUUUAUUGGCUAUGUGGAACAGUCUAUGUUCCAAGCCUACACAGGUGACCAUCCCACAACUUUCCUGCACUACAUUGAUGACUGCAUUGAUGCUGCUUCCUGCACCCUUGUUGAACUCAUCGAUUUCAUCCACUUUUCUUCCAACUUCCACCCUCCCCAUAAAUUCACCUGGUCCAUUUCUGACACCUCCCUCCCUUUUUCGAUGUCUGUCUCUAUCUCCGGAGACAGCUUAUCCAUCAAUUUCUAUUAUAAACCAAUGGACUCUCACAUCUACCUGGACUAUACCUUGUCCCACCCUGCUACUUGUAAAAACUCCAACCCCCUUCUCUCGAUUCCUCCAUCUCUGCUGCAUCUGCUCAGGAUGAGGCUUUUCAUUCUAGAACGAAGGAGAUGUCCUCCUUUUUCAAAGAAAAGGGCUUCCCUUCCUCCACCAUCAGCAUUGCCCUCAACUGCAUCUCUUCCAUUUCAUGCACAUCUGCUCUUAACCCAUCCUCCCACCAUGCUACCCAGGAUAGGAUUCCUCUGGUCCUCACCUACCACCCCACCGGCCUCCAAUUCUAGCACAUAAUUUCUCUACAACUUCCGCUACCUCCAACUGGAUCCCACCACCAUACACAUCUUUCCCUCCGCACACCCCCCCCCCCCCCCACUUUCUGCAGGGAUAAUUCCCUAUGCAACUUUCUUGUCCAUUCGUCCCUCCCCACUGAUCUCCCUCCUGGUAUUUAUCUUUGCAAAUGCUACACCUGCCCCUACACCUCCUCCCUCACUACCAUUCAGGGCCCCAAACAGUCCUUUCAGGUGCGGCAACACUGCACCUGAGUCAGUUAGGGUCAUAUACUGUAUUAAGUGCUUUCAGUGUGGCCUCCUGUAUAUCAAUGAGAUGAUGUAGAUUGGGGGACCGCUUCACUGAGCAUCUACGAUCCGUCCGCCAAAACAAGCAGAAUCUCCAAGUGGCCACCCAUUUUAAUUCCACUUCCCAUUCUCAUACUGAUACGUUCAGUGGCCUCCUCCACUGUCGGGAUAAGAAUACACUUAGGUUGGAGGAACAACACCGUAUAUUCCUUUUGCGUAGCCUCUAACCUGAUGGCGUGAACGUAGACUUAUGAAACUUCCAGUAAUGCCUCCACCCCCCUUCACCAUUUCCCAUCC